CUAAGGAUGGGGUGGGGGAGGGAGCCGACGCCAGCUGACAUGGGGUCUGUGGCUCUGCCUGUGUCCCAGAGUGGGCGGGGACCUGCUGUGGCCCGGGGUCUGGGGUGCCGCUGACAGGGUGCCAGGGUGUUCCUCUUCCCACCUCGAGGCCCUCCCUGCUCUGUCACCUCCUCCCUGGGCUCCACGCUCUCUUCCUCCACCCACACCCCACAGGCCACAGACUAGAGGCCACUGUCCCCUGCAGCCAGCCCCCUGUCCACUCAACUCUGGGCCUCCCGUGCACACACGUGAGACCUCCCACAGACACACAAACUGACCCACACAAGAACACGACCCCACACAAAUCCCCCAGAGAAGCCUGAGUCAUCUGCCCAAGGUAAAAUGAAGCCCCCCCCAUCUCCAGCCCCCAACCCGAGGACAGAUGCCCCUGAGGCCAAUGAAGACAGAGACUGAACACAACUAGGGUCCCAGCGUCAUGGGGAAGUGUCCCCCAAGCCUCACCCAGCCCGGUCUCAAGUGGUCUGCUCCCCUAGAUGGUGCCCUUGGUCAUCUCAGGGGGUCUCAGCAUAUAUUCAGUGGACAGAGCAACAGCCUGUGGGCACCAAGGGAAUCUCCAGAAAGGGAGUGGAAAUUUCGCAAAGUCCUAGCUGGCUGCAGGGGUCAGUAGGGAGGCUGAGCUGGCCAGGAGGUGGCCUAGGCUUGGCCAGAGGUGCAGAGGUCGCAGGUGCCGACCUCAGGCCGCAGGGAGCCCAGAGGGCCGGGAGCUGGAAGCCCGUGGUGGGACCAGGUCGAGCCGAAGGAGUGGGCGCAAAGACACCGCUCAGGUACCAACGGGAGGUCCCCUUCCCUCGGCAGAGCCCAGGAUGCAGCCGCCCGCCAAGGAGGCCCGGCGCAGGGGCCCCGGGGAGCGAGCUGGAGAGGGGCGCGCCAAGGGGCCGCCGGUGGCGGCGGCGGCGGCGGCGCCCCUCAAGCCCGGCUGGGUCCUCACGCUGGAGGGGCUGGCGGCCUUGAGCCCCGCGCAGCGCCACAGCCACCUGCUCUUCGGAGACCUGCUGGAGGACGUGGGCGCGGCCGCCUCCGUCUUCCCGAGAGAGUCAGCGGAGCCGGGGUACCGCAUGCCUGACCCGCGCGCGUGGACGCAGCCACUCGAGCCGCCGGGGCAGCGCCAGGACCGGCUCCUCGGCAUCCUCAAGGCGGCCGAGGCCCGCGGCCGGGUCCGCGCCCUCCGGCUGCGCUACGCCCGCAUGCGGGCGGAGGAGAUCUCGCUCCUCAUCCUGCGGCAGAAGUCCGCGCGCGCCGCCAUCCGGCUGGAGACGUUCCUGCCGCCGCAGCUGAAGCCCACCCGGAUCCCGGACCCCCUGGACCGUCAAGAGCGGAGGCGGGUGGAGACCAUCCUGGAGGAGAAAGUCGACGGCAGCACCUUCCCGCGUUGACUGCGACCCCUAUAGGUGCACGACCGCGCCGCACCGGCUACAUAAAGGUCUCACCUUCCAAA